AGGAAGGGCUUUAUUCAGCUGGGAGCAUCGGCAAGCUACUGCCUUAAAAUCCGAGCUCCCCGAAUGCACAAUUUCUGUCCCUUUUAAGAGCUCACAACACUAAAGAUUUUACAUGAAAGGGUCGUGAUUGAUCAGAGCAAGCAGGCGGUAUGUGACAGGGGCUACAUGCACCGGUGGUCAGAGAGAAACAGAACAGGGCAGUUCUGUUCUUUAUACAAUGUUCUUCUAUACAAUGUCUGGAAUCUAUGAAUAACAUCGGUUUCUAAGUUAUGAGUUGAUUUUUAACUACUGGGUUUAGGCCAGGCAGGCCCAGGCCUGGUUUUGGGCCUGGCGCCGGGCUGCCUGUAUUUGGUUUUACUUCCUUGUUGUUUUUUCUUAAAACAGGUACUGAGUAUAAAACAAUAUAAAACAAUAUGAGACGGUCUCUCUAUUCCCUCAAUACAACAUCCACAUCCUGCAGUAGGGACCUUUUGCAGAAUUCUAGAUGGCAGGAAGCUUCUAUGAACCUAAGUCCAGAUUUUAAUUUGCAAGGAAACUGAAGCAGAUGAAUUUUCUCACUGUAAAAAAAUGAAUGCCUUGAUAAUAUAUUUGUUUUUCCUAGUAGGCCUUUGUCAUUAAAAUUGAUGCCUGAGGAUAUAGUUGUAUCUUGUGUGGAACAGUAAGUUAUUACUCAUUGCAUACCAGAUUUUAGCAUACUUGCAUUAGUUCAUGGAAUAUGAUUUUACAUUUACUAUUGCAGUUCCAGUGCCAUUAUCAGAUUGCAUUUUCCUACUGAAUUACAAACAAAAGUGUUAUGCUACUAACAUUUAACAAAAUUUUAAUAAGGUUGUGUUUGAUGCUAUUACUCAGAUAAUGUGUUCUAAAUUGCUUUCCUUUGAAUAUAUUUGCAUUAAAGAGGAACUCAAUUUGGUUCUUUGAAGAGUUUAUCCACUUUCUGGGUAGCUUUAAAAAGACACAGGGAAAUUCAGUUUCUUCUUUGCAAGUAAAUAGAGAAGAAACAAAUUUGCUAAGAUCUGUAGAAGUCAUGGCAGCAGACUGCUGAUGGUUUGAGUUAAUGAAAUGACUCAUUUUGGCUACUUGAGUUGCACAAUUAAAAUAUACAGUAGAGACUGUAUAUCACAUCAUAGAUGAGAGAUAAAUACCCCAGUGUUCUCUUUUUUUUCCUCAAAGCUAAUAUAUUGUGAAUUAAGAAAUUUAAGAGCUCCACAUUAUUGCAAUUCUUGAUCAGUGAUGCCCCAAAUUAAGUGGUAAUCUCUUGAGAGUGCACGUUUGUUUGCAGCAUUCCUCUUACCCAUUUCUGCUAAAAUUGUGGUUGUGACGAAAGCAGUUGUUUUCCAAAAGAUAAACCCAUGUGACCAAGCUAAAACAUUUACCUAAUAUUGACACGUUUUGUGUGGUCUUCUCAUAGUCGUCUAGCUAAAGGAGUUUAAUGCAGAGAAUAUAAAUACGGAAAUAGUGAAACCGAAGUCCUGCUUGCGCGGAAAGCCUGCAGCAGACUUUGGUUUUUAACAGACUCCAUGGGGCAUUAGAGAAAGUAACUGGGGGCAGUGGGAUGGAGGGUAUGAAAUUGGGUGGAGGGACGAAAACUAAGAGCCCUCUGGGUCUUUUAUGUCCUUCUACAUUUUGUGUAGAAAUAAAUGCUUUUACUUUACUUCCACGGUCGGCCCUUCCUCUUCACCUUUUUUUUUUCUCACACAUUCAUCCUCUGAAUUCUUUCCGUUUACAAAUGCUCCCGAUUUAGAAACUCAUGAUACUGUCUGUAAAACUUGCCUGAGCCUGUGUGGUCUGAAUUUAGCGACACACUUGUUUAGGAGUUUCGGUUCUCGCUCUCUGCUUGCAUGGUUUGGUAACACCACUUCACUAUACUAAAAAUCAUCGCCCGGACCCGCGGGCUGUACGGAAAACGCUGUUCCUUUUGAUACCCGCCGCAGCCGCGCAGGCGCGCCGCCCUGACGCAAGGCGCAGGCUUCAUGACGCAGCACGCAGUCUCAGCCGACACUGCGCGCGCCUCCAGGCACCGGCGUUAGCGGGUCGCCGACACACAAUCCCCGCCGCGGCUGCUUGCCUACCGGACUGUGCGCCGGCACUUGCCGCUGGGGACAUGUUGCAAAAACCGAGGAACCGGGGCCGCUCUAGCGGCCAGGCCGAGAGGGACAGAGACUGGAGCCAUGGCGGAAACCCCGGGGCUUCGCGGGCCGGCGAAGACGCCCGGGUUCUCAGAGACGGCUUUGCCGAGGAGGCCCCGAGCACGUCCCGCGGGCCGGGCGGCUCGCAGGGGUCGCAGGGCCCCUCGCCUCAGGGCGCCCGCCGGGCCCAGGCCGCCCCCGCCGUGGGGCCCAGGAGCCAGAAGCAGCUGGAGCUGAAAGUGUCCGAGCUGGUGCAGUUCUUGUUGAUUAAAGACCAGAAGAAGAUUCCGAUCAAGCGGGCCGACAUACUGAAGCACGUCAUCGGGGACUACAAGGACAUCUUCCCCGACCUCUUCAAACGGGCCGCCGAGCGCCUCCAGUACGUCUUCGGGUAUAAGCUGGUGGAACUUGAACCCAAGAGCAACACUUACAUCCUCAUCAACACCCUGGAGCCUGUGGAGGAGGAUGCCGAGAUGAGGGGUGACCAAGGCACGCCCACUACGGGCCUCCUGAUGAUCGUCUUAGGGCUCAUCUUUAUGAAGGGCAACACCAUCAAGGAAACUGAAGUCUGGGACUUUCUGCGGCGCUUAGGGGUCUACCCCACCAAGAAGCAUUUAAUUUUCGGAGAUCCAAAGAAACUCAUUACUGAGGACUUUGUGCGACAGCGUUACCUGGAAUACCGGCGGAUACCCCACACCGACCCCGUCGACUACGAAUUCCAGUGGGGCCCGCGAACCAACCUGGAAACCAGCAAGAUGAAAGUUCUUAAGUUUGUGGCCAAGGUCCAUAAUCAAGACCCCAAGGACUGGCCAGCGCAGUACUGUGAGGCUUUGGCAGAUGAGGAGAACAGGGCCAGACCUCAGCCUAGUGGCCCAGCUCCAUCCUCUUGAAAGGUGGAUUCAGAGGGACCCCCGGGACAAGGGUCUGAGACCCAAAGGCACAGUGCAGAGGAUUGGGGGAAGGGAGAACGAACCCAGGGAGCAUAUUGCUGUAAACGCUUCAAUGUGUGUAGCUUUAGGAUGUGUUUGCAAAGUUUUGUUUUUUUAAUGUUGUGUUAUUUUACUCCAGAUUUUCAUCUAUAAACAAAGGAGCAUUUGUUUUGAUUUUACUCUUUUUGGUAUAAAAAAUUUUGCUAGCUUAGUAAAACGAAUUGGAAAACUUGACUAUGAUCUAGAACAGAUAAUGCAAGAAGGAACGCAUAAGUAAGUUGCUUUGGUGCCAAGAAAAUUAAAAAGUAGCUAUUAUCAGGUCUCCUAACUACCCCGGUUUGUAAGGAAAAAUAAAAGUUUUUAUAAAAUUAAAAAAACAUAAUUGCCUAUAUCCUUAUUAUGUUAACCUAUUUUAUUUUCCUAUAUUUCCUACAUAUAUAAGUAUUAUUCGUGGUUCCAAGCAAUGAGUGUAAUGUAUUUUCUCCAAAUAGCAAUUGUUUAUAUUCAUAAUUAUUCAGCUCUGCUGCUAAACACGUAGUUCCACUUCGUUUUUUUCUUCUUGCUACUGUAGUUAUUACAAUAAAUACUGUAUUUUUGAAGCACUUAA